AGACAGGGGGAGGGAGACGGGACAGAGCAGCAGCUGGAGGGAAGACACUGUGGUAGAGAGAGAGAGAGAGAGAGAGAGAGAGGGAGGGAGAAAGUCCCGAGCCGGACUCUGCACAGCAUCAUUCCUCUCUCACCACCGCCGGAUUAAAGCUCCUGCUGCAGCGACAUCACGCCAAGACAUGAGCUUCUCCCGCUGAUCGUUAUUGAUGCUGAACUGAGUGGUCCAGUGCUGCUGUCCUCCAGUAUUUCCCCUCCCUUCAGCUAUCUGUUCUUCUGUCUGUCACCAGAUUUGUGAGCAGCCAUGACAAAGUCCUAUGAGUUCAACUGGCAGAAGCACCUGCCUGAGUUCAUGCAGGAAGGCACCUCCUUCGACAGGUUUGAUGAGGACCCGUACAUCUUUGAGCCCAGUUGUCAGAUGAGGGUGGACGAGUAUGGCUUUUUCAUCACCUGGAAGAGCGAGGGAAAGGAAGGCCAGGUGCUUGAGUGUUCACUCAUCAACAGCAUUCGAGUCGGUGCCGUCCCAAAGGACCCGAAGAUCUUGACUUCUUUCGAGGCCAUUGGAAAGACGGAGGCCGACCUGGAGGGAUGUAUCAUCUGCAUCUGCAGCGGCACAGACCUGGUCAACCUGAACUUCAUGUUCAUGGUGGCAGAGAACCCAGACACAGCCAGGAAGUGGAUCGAGGGUUUAAGGUCGGUGAUUCACAACUUUAAGGCCAACAACGUCUGUCCAAUGACCUGCCUCAAGAAACAUUGGAUGAGAAUGUGCUUCCUGACCAAUGUGAAUGGGAAGAUUCCUGUGAGAGGCAUUACGCGCACAUUCGCAUCAGGGAAGACGGAGAAAGGGAUUUUUCAGGCUCUGAAGGACCUGGGCCUUCCUAGUGGAAAGAACGAUGAGAUCGAACCAGUAGAUUUCACCUUUGACAUUUUCUACGCGCUCACACAGAAGAUCUGCCCUCGCACCGACAUCGAGGAACUCUUCAAGAAAAUCAAUGGGAACAAAACUGAUUAUUUAACUGUAGACCAGUUAGUCAGCUUUCUGAAUGAAAACCAGCGUGACCCCCGGUUAAAUGAGAUUCUGUUCCCGUUCUAUGACCCUAAGCGAGCCAUGCAGAUCAUUGAAAAAUACGAGCGAGACGACAACCUGAAGAAGAAAGGCCACAUGUCUAGUGACGGGUUUUGUCGGUACCUGAUGUCAGAUGAAAACGCUCCAGUUUUCUUGGACCGGCUGGAGUUGUACCAGGAAAUGGACCAACCACUGGCCCAUUACUUCAUCAGCUCCUCCCACAACACCUACCUGACGGGCCGACAGUUUGGCGGGAAGUCCUCAGUAGAGAUGUAUCGCCAGGUUCUACUGUCAGGAUGCAGGUGUGUAGAGCUGGACUGCUGGGAUGGGAAAGGAGAGGACCAGGAGCCAAUCAUCACCCAUGGAAAGGCCAUGUGCACAGAUAUCUUGUUUAAGGAUGUUAUCCAAGCCAUCAAAGAGACGGCUUUUGUCACUUCAGAUAACCCGGUUAUUUUGUCCUUUGAAAAUCAUUGCAGUAAACCACAGCAGUACAAGAUGGCCAAAUAUUGUGAGGAGCUCUUUGGCGACUUCCUCCUCAAACAGCCUGUGGACAACUUUCCGAUUGAAUCAGGGCGUCCCUUACCCUCUCCGAACGACCUCAAACGUAAAAUCCUCAUCAAAAACAAACGCUUGAAACCUGAAGUGGAACAGAAGCAGCUAGAGGCCUUCAAGAAACACAUGGAGGCCGGAGAGACCAACACCCCAGCCAUCAUCAUGGGAGAGGAGAAUGAAGAAGAGCCAGAGAACGGAGAAAAAGACGCUGAGGAUAAAGAUUUGAAUUCAGAGGCAACAAGUGAGAAAGACGCCAACAGUGUCUCCCAGAGUAACGCUGUCAGCACGAGGAAAGAGGAACGCAACAACAGCAUUAAGAAGGUACCUGAUGAUGAAGUGACGGAGAUGUCAGAAGCCACAGAACCAACAGACAUCACAGACAUCUCUGAAGCAUCUGACCAAGACAACAACAAGAAGGGUGCAGAAGAAGCAGAAGACUCUGAAGAGGCUCUGAUCGCUCAGUACACGUAUGUAGGAGCCACCACCAACAUCCACCCAUAUCUCUCAGCCAUGGUCAACUACGCACAACCUGUCAAGUUCCAGAGUUUUGAUGUGGCAGAGGAAAGAAACAUCCAUCAUAACAUGUCAUCUUUCAACGAGUCUGUCGGCCUGGGUUACCUGAAGACCAACGCCAUCGAGUUUGUCAACUACAACAAGCGUCAGAUGAGCCGUAUCUACCCCAAAGGGGGCCGGGUGGACUCCAGUAAUUACAUGCCUCAGAUCUUCUGGAACGCAGGCUGCCAGAUGGUCUCACUCAACUUCCAGACCCCAGACCUGGCCAUGCAGUUGAACCAGGGAAAGUUCGAAUACAACGGCUCAUGCGGGUACCUGCUGAAGCCUGACUUCAUGCGGCGGUCAGACAGGAUGUUUGACCCCUUCUCUGAGACACCAGUGGAUGGUGUCAUCGCUGCAACCUGCAGUGUACAGGUGUUCUCUGGUCAAUUCCUGUCGGAUAAGAAAAUUGGCACGUAUGUUGAAGUGGACAUGUACGGGCUGCCAACAGACACCAUCAGGAAAGAGUUUCGCACUCGCAUGGUGAUGAACAAUGGGCUGAACCCCGCCUACAACGAGGAGCCCUUCGUCUUCAGAAAGGUGAUCUUACCAGAUCUGGCAGUACUCCGCAUCGCCGUUUACGACGACAACAACAAGCUGAUUGGCCAGCGCAUCCUGCCUCUGGAUGGCCUGCAGGCCGGAUACCGCCACAUCUCUCUGAGGAACGAGGGCAACAAACCCCUGUCGUUGCCCACCAUCUUCUGCCAAAUCAUCCUCAAGACCUACGUGCCCGACGGCUUUGGAGCAAUUGUGGAUGCUCUAUCAGACCCAAAGAAGUUUUUGACCAUAGCAGAGAAGAGAGCUGACCAGAUGAAAGCACUGGGGAUUGACACGAACGACAUCGCAGACGUUCCCAGUGGCAGCUCCAAGAACGACAAGAAGGGAAAGGGUAAAGGAGACACGGUGAAGACCAGUGUGACACCACAGACCAGCUCAGACAUGGCCCAGACCUCCAACACCGCCCAGAAUAACACAUCAGAAACCAAGAAGGAUCCUGCACUCGUGCCUAAUGUCAACAUCGAUGACUUAAAACAAAUGAAGACGUACCUUAAACUGAUUAAAAAGCAACAGAAGGAGCUGAGCACUUUAAAGAAGAAACACGUAAAGGAUCAAAAUAUAAUGCAGAAAGCCCACUGCAGUCAGAUGGAAAAGUUGGUGUCUCUGAAUGAUAAGGAGAAGACAAACCUGGAGAAACUACUGGAGAAAGCCAUCAAGAAACGUGGGGAAAACAACUGCCAAGAGCUGAAGAAGGAGACAGAAGAUAAGAUCCAAACACUCGUCACUGAUCAUAAAGUCAAGGUGAAGAACAUCACAGCACAGCACACUAAAGAGUGGUCAGAGCUGAGCAGCAGUCACAGCAACGAGGAGCAGGAGAUGAAGGACAGCCACGUCACACAACAGUGUGAACACCUCAAGAAACUCCUGGCCACAGUCCAGGAGCAGCAGACCAUGCAGCUCAAACUCAUCCAUGAGCGGCAAAGCAAAGAGAUGCGGGCCAACCAGGCCAAGAUGUCCAUGGAAAACAGUAAAGCCAUCAGCCAGGACAAGACAAUCAAAAACAAGGCAGAGAGAGAGAGGAGAGUGCGAGAGUUAAACAGCAGCAACACCAAAAAGUUCCUGGAUGAGAGGAAGAGGCUGGCUAUGAAGCAUCAGAAGGAGCUGGAGCAGCUACAGAAAAACCAGAGAGAACAGUUGGAGAAACUGGAGAAGUUCAACGAGCAGCUUUUGAAAUCACACCAUGCAAACAAACAGGUUCAAGGCCAAGGACAUGCAGCAGAUGGUGAAGCUGGAGGAGGAGAUGGACCGCAGGCCAGCGACGGUGGUGUGAGCGACUGAGACACAAACAUGCACACACGCAGGUGCAGAAACACUCCACCGCUGACAGCCCUCUACAACCCAGAGACAAAAACCCUGCCUACAUCACUGUCUCUGUACUGUUCUGUCAUGCUCACACACACAGACAGUAGUUCUCUCCACCUCUUUUUUUUUUUUCCGUGUUCAAUCACCUGUAGUCUCUGUCCUCCACCACCUCACCCCACCCACUAAUUUUAUAACACUGAGCCAUUGGUGCUUAUCACUGUUUGACGGGUUUCAACCACUUGAGGAAAAGUUACUUCAGAGAUGAAGCGACAGACGCAUCCCCUCCUCCAUUGUUUUUUCUUUUUUCUUUUUUUUUUAAAUCACACACUAUUCUCUGCAACCUACAGCCACACAAACACAUUCCCUCAUGGGCCGGAUGAAGUGAACAUCCAUUCCUUUCUUUGUGUUUUUGCUUUUUUAAACCAGUACCCUUUUAACUGCUCCAGAAAGGGACGAGGGGAGAAGAAUAUGUAUAAGAGUUGUCAUUACAGCACAAAUAAAUAAACUUUGUGAAAUACACUGUAUGCUACACACCAGUCCUGUCCUGAGCACUUUGUAUGUAAUAGGCCAUCAUAACAAUGUGGAAAAUGUAGCAGUACUAGAACUACUAGUUUUCUGUAUUUCAGUAAGAAUGUAUUUUUUAAAAGAUAUCACUGUAUGAAGGAGAAGCAAAACCUCUUUGUAACCUAAAUCCUACAAUGCAAGAUGUUUGACCUCA